GAUUUUGAUAGAACAGCAGACCGAGUUCCCCCUGCUGGGAUGAAGUGAGUUCAGGGCAACCUGUGGGAAGGACAAGAGGGACUGAGGAAACCUGGAGUCAGACUCUCAUCAAUCUUGCUCAGUUAGCUCCCACUGUAUGCUAGGGAAGCCACCCUUCUGCACCCAAAAAACAGAAAGAAGAGAAGUCAGAUAAAUUUACGGACAAAAUAUGGAGUCGAUGUGGGAAACCACGUUUCAACUCGAGAUGGAAGAAACAGAAAUCUCUGAUUGCUGGCGUAUUAUUGAAGAUGCAGAUCUUAAGAAAGAAAGUGGAUGGCUGUGUUAUGAGCAGAAGACCUUUGCUAGGUUCACAUGCUCAGGCUGUAAUCAUCAUUGGAGCUCAGGAGUUGUUUGCAUUAUGUUCCUCUUGCUUAAAAACAAAAAACGUAGAUCUGGCACAGUAAAGAUGAGGAUCUUCAGACAGCAGUGUAGAAAAUGCAGCUUUUCUUUGAUGGAAAAACCAAUAAUAACUUCUGAAAACAUAAGAAGAACUAUUAGUAAUCUGGUCAUGAAGAUUGAGAGAGCAUUCUAUGAGAAGAAUAAUGUGUGUGUAGAGUUUAAACCUGUUUCUACUGGUAAAUCAGAUGGACCUCACGACAAGAUGCACUGUGAGGGAUGUAAACUGGGUUUCUGUGAAGUGCAAAAAUUUCCUACGAGUCAUGAGAAAAAAACUGUGAGACAACAGAGUACAGUAGGAAUGUCAUACAACACAGUAGAACAAGAAUAUUUAAAAGCUCCAAAAAGCACAAUUCAAAGGCAUCAAAUUAGUGAAAGAACAGGGGACUAUGAAGAAGAACAAGAAUGUAUAAGAAAUAAUGAAAUAACAAAUGUGAGACAUAACAGUAAUAAAGGCAAACAUACACAUUCCAAGCGCAAAACUGUGAGAAAACAGACUACAAUAGGAAUGUCACACAACACAGGAGAGCAAGAAUAUUUCAACACCGCAAAAAGCCAAUUUGAAAUACAUCAAGUAGGUGCAAGUACUUUGUGGGACUACGAAGAAGAACAAGAAUGGUUAAGAACUCCUGAAACAAUAAAUUUGAGACAUAACCGUGAUAAAGGCAAAAGUACCUUCAAUAAAUUUCCACUUUCUGCUAUCAUUUUUGGAAUUGGAAUAGCCAUAUUCCUCUCACGGAAAUAUUUUCAUUGAUGAAAGUUUGACAGUAC